AUGGAUGAAAUGGAUAUACUGUGGUCUAAAGAAAAAUUGCAUAAAAUUUUUAGUAAGGAUUCUUUACCUCUAAAAACAGCACACGCAUCCGGCGACGCGGGUGUGUCAAUUCGCUGUUGUCGAUUAUGUGGAGAUGAUGCAAAUUUGAGCUGUUUCUCAGAUACGUUUAUUUGGGAGGGUGUUAAAGAGCGGUAUGACAAGCUGUUGUACGACUGUUUUGGUAUUCGGGUUUUUCCAGCAGAUAGUAUGAUAUGUGAGCGAUGCGUGCGUCAACUAAGAAACGCACAACGUUUUCGUGCCCUUGUUCAAGCAGCCUUUACGAGGCCACCCAGUGAAUAUUCAACGUAUCGGUCACAAUUGGGUGUCGGUGAAAGUUUUACAAAGAAUAAAAAGAAACGUAAAUCAACACACGAACUAUUAAAGAAAUCUACCCGCACUACUGUUGUUGGCUGUAAUAAAAAACGAAAAUUAAAUGAGCGAAAAACAGCCAUUAACUCAUCGAACGUGCAAGUCAGACGAAUAAAUAUAGCCUGCACUAUGUGCAAUCAUAAAUAUCCUAUGAUUGUGCCAUUUGAGGGGUGGAAGAAGUUUGUGUGUUCUCGAUGUAAGAAAAAUAGCGAACCACGGACUGGUAGUUUCAGAAAGUAUGCUACGAGUAGAAUGACACCUUUAAAUACCAGGGAUCGUUCUAAUUUAAACGCGAAAACAGAUUUGAGGGAGAAGAGCAGGGUUUGUAGUUUACCCAAGAAACCAUCUCAAAUCACAAAACAAGAAAGUUUUUUGAGACCGAAAUAUCAAUGCAGUCAAUGCAAUAAAAAAUAUUUGAUCGCUCAACAUUUAAAUCACCAUGUAGAAAGCGUGCAUACAAAUUUAAAAAACAUUGAUUAUCUAUGCGCAGUCUGCGGUAAAGAUAUGAACACCAAAGAUUUGUUGGAACGGCACAUGAGGAUGCAUACUGGACAACCAAUAUAUCAAUGUGAUGUUUGCAUGCGAGUUUUUAAAGGUAGAAGAGCAUUUCAAACACAUUAUUUAACUCAUGGAAAA